GACUGCUGUCCCAAGUCAUUCUCAGUAACUGCUAAUCACUGACACGGUCAGCUACUCUUCUCUCUCUAAAACCUUUGCCACUGUCUUCUCCCACAACAAAACACAGUUACUUACACCAUACACCUUCAAUGUGAAUCAAGCUUGUUCAUUUAUUUAUAGCACCUUAAGCCACCACACAAGGUGGCGCACCCAAACCCACAAGAGGUGGAGUGAAUCAUUCUUCACCUCUCUCUCCCAUGGGUCAGACCCUUAGUUGCACGCCCAACCAUGACCACGGCCUCUUCACCGCCGUGCAACAGGGUGACCUCCAAAUUGUCACCACACUCUUAGAGGCCGACCCCUCUCUCUUCCACCAAACCACUCUCUACGAUCGCCACUCUCCGCUUCAUAUUGCCGCAGCCAAUGCCCAGAUCGAGAUUCUCUCUAGGCUUUUGGAUGGAUCUCUCAAUCCAGAUGUUUUGAAUCGCCACAAACAGACUCCGCUUAUGUUGGCAGCAAUGCACGGGAACAUCGCGUGUGUCGAGAAGCUUCUUCAAGCCGGAGCUAAUGUGUUAAUGUUUGAUACCAUUUCCGGGAGAACCUGCUUACACUAUGCCGCAUACUACGGUCAUUCUUCUUGCCUUAAGGCUAUUCUUUCCGCUGCUCAAUCUAGUCCAGUGGCUGCUUCUUGGGGGUUUGCGCGGUUUGUGAAUAUUAGAGAUGGAAAGGGUGCAACGCCAUUGCACUUGGCGGCUCGUCAGAGACGGUCUGAAUGUGUACAUAUUCUGUUGGACAGUGGAGCUCUUGUUUGUGCUUCAACCGGUGGAUAUGGCUGUCCCGGGAGUACUCCGCUUCAUCUAGCAGCUAGAGGGGGAUCUCUGGAUUGCAUUCGUGAAUUGUUGGCAUGGGGUGCAGAUCGUCUUCACCGCGAUGCAUCUGGGCGGAUACCAUACAUGGUUGCUCUGAAACACAAACACGGAGCCUGUGCAUCAUUGCUGAAUCCUACAUCUGCAGAACCUCUUGUCUGGCCGUCUCCAUUGAAGUUCAUCAGCGAGCUUAAUCCUGAAGCUAAAGCUUUAUUGGAACAGGCCUUGAUGGAUGCAAACAGAGAAAGGGAGAAAAACAUAUUGAAAGGGAGCGCUUACUCUCUUCCAUCCCCAUCACAUUCUGAUGGGGUAACCGAUGAUGUGUCUGAGGUUAGUGAGUCGGAAUUAUGCUGCAUCUGCUUCGAGCAGGCAUGCACAAUCGAAGUUCAGAGCUGUGGGCACCAGAUGUGUGCACAAUGCACACUAGCCCUGUGUUGCCACAACAAGCCGAACCCUGCCACAGCAUGUCUCACUCCACCGGUUUGUCCAUUCUGUAGAAGCGCCAUAACAAGACUAGUGGUUGUGAAAACAGAAUACCAUGAUGAAACUGAUCUAGACGGUGUUGACACGAACUGUUCGAAGCUGAACAAGACAUCGAAGAAAUUCAGAAACCUGAAUGACAGUGGUAGCAGCAGCUUCAAGGGGUUAUCCAGUGUAAGUUCAUUCGGGAAGUUGGGUAGCCGCAGCUCAGGGAGGAUUGCUGCUGAGUGGGUCGAUAAACAGUGACGGCAAUUGCUUGUGGUAACAAAUGAUUCUCACAUUGGGAAGAAAGAAUCAAGAUAGGUGCUUAACCGGCAAGGAAAAAAUCAAAGUUAAAAAGUAAAGGAAUAUUAUGUAAUUUUGGGAAAUAAGCAAAGUGAGUUGAAAUGAAAUGAAGCGAAGUUGGCGGUAGGUACCUACCAAGUGUUGUUGUAGGGAACAGGAGAAGGGUAUGUCGUGUUGUUGUAGUAGUAUUAUUAUUAUUAUGAUUAUUACUUGAGAAUGAAGAAGCAUCACCUGCAUCUGCAUCCGCAUCGAUGAUUUUGGGCAUCGUCAAUAAUUUUAUUUUUUAUUCUAUUA